AUGGUUAAUAUAGAUCAAUUAGAUUCAGACUCUUUAAGCCAGAUCUUUUCAUUGUUUUCCUUCAAAGAACGGGUACGAUUCGAGCGUGUGUGCAAAAAAUGGCGAAGCAUAAUGCAUGUAAGUUUCAGCAACUUCAAACUUUGCACAUUUCAAGGUAAAAUACUAGCCUAUUCAGAAGGAAACAAAUCACAAAUGAAACAGAUAGUCCAGAUAUCUACAAGCUUUGAAAUGCCCAUUCAUAUUUGGACCACCUAAUAUAUAAUAAAACCAAACUUUUAAAAAUUCAAAAUCUAUUUACUUUUCAGAACCGUCGAGUAUACGUUGGAGAGACCUCCUUUAACAUUGGUGAAUAUCUUUACAACAAUAAUCAUUCUUAUUUUCAACAAGUAAGUUAGAGACAACACCCAAAAUGCCGUAUUUUACAAUUUUCAAAAGGUCAGUUCUCGAAAAAAUCUUUAUCUACUUUCAGGACAGUCUAGCAUUUGAACCCACAACAUUGAGCAUUCUUCAACGAUGUGGGCCUUUUUUACAACGACUAUCUUUUGGGGCGCGAUGGCUACGGAUUACGCCUUCUGUUAUUCAAAGUGUUGCGGAGUAAGAGAAUUGUCACAUACCUAUUUAAAUUGUCCUAAUCUUAUCAUAUCACCAUUUAAAUUAUCAUAAUAGACUUAUCAUAACACUAUUUUAAACUAUUUGUCAUCAAAACUAAUAAUGCCCAUAAAACAACAAGAAAAUAUUACUCAGCGCCUUAUACGAUACUUUAAAACAAUACCUUCUACUUUUUAGCAACUGUACUCGACUAACUGUGCUAGACCUAAGCGCCUCGAUUCUCAGUGCUGAUCUCACACCAGUUUUAAACUUCAUUGGACCUCAAUUAAAAGUACUAUCAUUAGAAGACGUUUCUUGGACUGAUAACACUCACGCUCAAAAAGUAGGCUUUGUAACAACCCACAUAAUUAUCAUGAUUACGCAAAAGUAUCUAACCAACGAAAAUAGAUAAAGCUACCUGACAAAGAGAUAAAAAUCAGUUCACUGUAUUUUAUUAAUCUAUCACAACCAUAAUUUUCAGGCCGGAAAAUCCUUUCAGCAUAUGCAAAACAUUCAAGAGAUCUAUCUACGCAAUUGCGGAAUUGACAUGGUUGAUGUCCUUGACCUGCCUGGCAACAUAAAGUAUGUUUCCAAGCUCUGACACACAAACGUCUUUAACACAUAGGUCUUUUUAAGAUACUUUCAUUACUUUUAAACAUUACUUUUAAAAUAUUUAAAUAUGAACAAGAAUUAAUGAAUCUACCUAUUACUUCUUCUUUCCUUAUUUACUUCAAAACCUACGUGCUUCAAAACUCAAUAUAGACCUUACUCAAAACGAAAAAACAAACAAGUUAUUGAUACUCUAUAAACACCACCUCAAAGCUUAAUAAACAUAAACAAAAAUUACAGCUUUGAGCACCAGAUACCAAUACUCAAAGCUUAAACUACUAACCAAAAGCCUAAAAAAGAACCUAAUCUUAAAACUAAGAAUAGAAUUAUAUUAAGUAGAAUUAACCGCACAAAGAUUAUUUUUCCUGAAAAAAACCUAAAACCACUCUUUUCUAGCACAUUCGAAUCAAAUACCACCCCUUUCUAAUACUUUAUUCAUUCCAGGAAAGUGGAUUUGAGCUCAAACUGGCAAUUAACCGCGGAAAUACUCGUUUCCUUCCUGAUAAACCAACGCGAGCUCGUUAGCUUGGCAUUAUGCCCAUUCCCAGGUGGUCAAUUUCCAAAAUACUCGGAUGAGGAUCCUACAGAUGGACUUGAAGCCGUCAUCGAGUGUCUGUCGGGUGAGUUAGCAGGGAGAAACUACUAUCAAUGUCAUUAACAAGGUUGUAAUUUUUCAAAAAAUGACUGGCAACUUCUCUUUUACUACAAUGAACUCUCUGUAUAGGCAGUUUUUAUACCAGUAAAAUGAACCGAAUCUUCUAAAUAUACCCAAAAACCUCAAAAAAACCAAAAUUUUCCAUAAAUACGCUAUUUUUUAGGCAUAACAACCCUGAAUGAGCUACGUCUUGGCCAAAUCUCGUACGAGCCACGUGUGUUGUCACUGUCGGCGUUGGGCCGGCUUACCAAUUUGGCUAUACUCGAGUUCAAGGUAAGAGUAAUGCGGGCUUAAUUAGAAGUGGGGCCAGCUGACUUUUUGCGUGUUGUUAUGACAACCAGACACGUAAUAGCGUGUGCUAGUCCAACGCUACGAUUACAAUGUAAAAAUUGUAUUUGUUUUUUUUUACUGAGUGUGUCAAUUACCUCUUUAGAGUUAAUUUAUGCACAUGAAGAUGGGUACGAGUAUGAGUAUUGAGAGGGUUGUGCGCUUUACAGUAAAGACUAUUUUUGGCAUUGAAAUUUGACGUUUUAAUCUAAGUGAAGAUCACAAACUGUAUAAAAAAACUACAAACUUUAUGAAAAACCAUAAAAGCUGCCAUAAUAUACUUAAACCAACAAAGAAAACCCACAAAGAAACCUUCAAAACUAUCUUUUCACUAAUCACAAGCACUUUUCAGCAAGUAGUAAGCCUAACAGGACAGACACUCACUGAUAUACUUCAAGGAACACCAAAUUUAAAGCAACUUUCUGUAGUUCACUGUGUCAAAGUUGACGAUUAUCGUGGACUGCAUGUGCUUAAAGAGCUUGAGACAUUGGAAGUGGAAAGAACUCCACAAAUAUGCGAUUCUGAUGUUCUUGACGUUACUGUUCACAGCCAGUUAAAGCACGUCGCUUUACGACGAUGCUACAACAUUGAGGAUGGAUCAAUUGUUGCUUUGGCCGCUAAUUGCAACGUUAGAGAUGUAAGGCUGAUUUAAAACCUCAUUUAAAAAAAUAAAGAAAUUGUCGUUUUUGAAUGUGAAAACCCAUAUAAAAUAAAGACAAGACUUUUUCCACACUAUCCUUUCAUGCAAUAGCCACUCAAAAUCAAGUUCAAGCUCAAAAAACUAAAAUUCUCAAUUCCAGUUAGACCUAACCGACUCAGAUGCGAUAACCGACCAGAUUUUCGACCUCCUCGAGCCAGUUUAUACCAUUCGAUCAUUGUUUCUUGGUGGUUGUAAAAAACUGACCGAGAAUGGUAUCCACCGUCUUGUAAAGGGUUCUUUAAUCGAUCAUCUAGAACAAAUCGACCUUAGUCGGAACAAAAACUUUACCAACUAUACUGUGCAACUACUGCAUGAAACGGUACGCCAACUUGGUCGCGAACAACCUUUGAGAGUUUUUGCUUUUCAAUGUCAAAUUGAAGAGCAGUUAUGUAGGGUUGUUUAUCCGGAAAUCGAGCUUAUUAUUACUUGA